AUAAUAUAAUUAUUUCCUUUUUGAUAUAACAACAGGAAAAUUGCCGAGUUCAUUUUUCUUUAAUUUCAAAGGAAAUUUAAAAAGAAGAAAAACGUAUUAAUUAAGUUGUACAAUUUCAUCCUUGUCACAUCUGAUUGAUGGCACGUUAAAGAAAUACAUUGUAAAUGAAGCAUAACGUCUUCGGGUUUAAUGUUUGUUUAUUGAAAUUCAUGAUUAACAACCGUGACAGUGAUGCAAUAUGAAAGAAAAUAGCUCCGGGUUCAGUGUUGUACUUAUCGCAUACUUAAUGGAGGAAAACAGCCAGCAUGGCGAAGGAAGAAAAUGUCGGGUGUUCUAAUAACUGCAAACAACAAUGGAAACUGAGUAAUUUCGGACUAAAUCACCACCAGCCAAGGGACUUUGUGACUUUUCAGAGGGGACAUCCUACUAUUUUUAUUGUCUGGGCUACAACAUGGGCCCUAUUCCACGUCACUGUCCUAGGUCUCCAGCCCUACUUCUUUCGAGAGGUUCUGCCCAACUGGAUUUGGUUCAUCUUUUUGACUAACUGGAGUUAUACCGUGUUAGCCAUCUAUUGUAUAACAGAAUCUGUCGUCGCCAUAUAUGUUAACGUGCGUCGUAAAGACAUCAUAAAUGGAGACUCCGAUGCGUCGCCAUGGUACCUGAAGCUGCUAUGGGUUCUGUACUACCUCUCAACAACCUCCGCCAUUGUCGUGACAUUGCUUUCUAUUGUAACUACCGAUAAAGAGGUUGGUGCAAACAACAUUUUGAAGCACUUCAUUAACAGUGUUUUCGUAUUGGUGAACCUUCUGUUGACCCGGAAACCAUAUCGUAUUCUUCAUUUCUACAUACCUUUCGCCUAUUCGGUCGUUUUCAUUUUGUUCAGUCUUGUCUACCAGAUAGGCUUCAACCAAAAUGCUAUAUAUUCAGCUUUGGACUGGAGUAGUGUUCCGAAAGUCUUCAUUUAUGCUCUCGGAAUCCCUCUCAUAUUUAUACCGCUAUUAACUGUUUUGCUAUAUACGGUAACAUUUAUAAGAGACACGAUCUGGAGACAAUGUGAAGACAAAAGCAGACAAAAUUCAACGCAGAGUUGUUAAUAAUCAAAUCCAGAAAUCCAAAUCAACAUGAUAUUAACACUUACGUAGCUGCCGUUUGUAUAACACAAGAGCGGAAACAAACAAAGUUACAUGCAAUAUUUUUUUUUCAAACAAAGGAAGGCACCCCAAUGGCUAUAGUUGACACAAUAAUGCUAUAUUGUCUUUGGAUUCAUUUACCACUAGUACUGAAUAUUCAAAGAAAAUGAAAGUUGUGGUGAACAAAUGAAACAUUAUAAUUUUUUUUAAACUACUGCUUGCAUGUAAAAACACUGUUUUUUUUAAUUUGUCCUUCAGAGCUACUUAAUAAAUGUACAUGAUUAUGAUAGUCUUUUGUUUUCUAUCAUAAAAAUAAAGUUUGUUCUAUAGUCUA